CAUGUACUUUACCCAUAGCUGUUUAUUUUCCCGUGCAGUUUGCAAGAAAACAGUUCAAAGGCAGGAUGGAUUCCUUGUCUUCUUCGCUUGAAGGCUGUGGCUCAACUGAAACACUGGUGGAAGACAAGGAACUCAACUUUGCUCAACUAGAGGAGAUAGACAUGAAAACUGAAGCAGUUGCUGGAAGAUCAGUUGACAAUGUCCAUGGGAAAACUGGUGCUGUUCAACUGGAUAGAGUGGGAUCAGACAAGAAGGCUUGCGGCCAUGGUACUUUAACAGAAGACCAAGAAUAUAUCAAGGAAAUAAAGGAGUUGCAUGCAUACCUUGACAUAGUGAAAACAAUGGUGAGACCAGGUUGCUCCCCUGAAGUGCUGAAAAUUGCUUUGAAUUCCAUGUCAACACUUUUCAACACCCUUACCUUUGUGUCUUCCGUGACAAGACCCCAUGCAUCCCUUUGAACCGAUUUUUAAUGGUUUGGCUGCAUCAUACACAGAACAAAAAUCUGUCAGCGUGCCUUGGAAUUUGUGCCAGGAACUGAGGAAAGUUUGGAUUGUGUUAUACCUACCUGUUUUUUUUUAUCACGGUACUCUACCUGUUAUAUGAAGUCAAUAGAGGUAUGUCUAAUAUUGAAGUACUUAUUGUUUUCUUCCUGGUUCUGGAUAUGCUAUAAAACAGCGACAAAGAUGGCCAAGCUGCAAUACCAGACUAGUUGGGGACAAGCUGGAAAAUCUUGUAAAUCGUGGCAGUGGAAAAGGGUGUAGGAUUCAGGGAUGCCUUGCUGAUUGAAUUUGUAGGUCAUCUGUAACUAAUAAAAUGAACACAUUGGGUUUUUAGGCUCCUUUUAAUGAUGAAUCACAAAUUGUUAUGUAAUCAAACUUUCCUCAUCCAAUAAGUUGAAAAUCCGUGCUGAGCAUGUUACUUUAA